AUGGAGGUGCCUUUUGAAAAGAAACCGCGCUGGACAGCUCACGACUCGGUUUGCCUAGGCCUUGCAGCAUUUGUGGUCAUCAAUGUGAUUAUGUGUCUCUGGGUUGCGGCGAUAUCCACGUCGACGGCACGACGCCAAGCGACCGCGGUCUUCUUCGCCGUAGAGAAAGCAUCAGUAAUUGACUUCAAUCUUACCUUGCAGACGACGAUGAAUUCCUUGCCAGUCAAUGUGACCGGGAGACUGCAGCCACGUCACUCAGAGUGCUCACGCAGACUUUAUUUCAAUGGACGAAUUAUAGUGACGACGCCAAAUACAAGCGAGGUAUUCGUGCUACUAAACCAUCGAGGAUUCCGACGUCAGCUUUAUGGAAGCAACGCGAAUACAACUUGUUUGACAACGCGGGACAUUCCACCGCUACACACACUCGUCGACACUGUCUACAGUGCAUUCCGACCGGUAGUGUACGAGGCGUUUAAAGUCGAUUGCAAACCACUCCAGUUCACCUUCUAUGACAUGCCGUUCGUUGUGUGUGCGGAGGAUUGGCUUCGAGCGAGGCUGUAUACCCAAAACUUGACUCAUUCUACGAGACACGAUCAACACCCAGGAACUGUCAAAGACCCAGUGUUGAUCAUUCAUGGCAAGAAAUCUGCGCUGGAACUUAUGGUCCUGUCCGACACUACGCCAGUCAUUACUGACCAACCAUUUGAAAAGUUGGAUCACUGCGAGUAUCUUCACGCCCCAAUGACUUCAGGUGAAUCUUGUUUGGCUCAAAAAGCUAGCGGUCAAGAUUCAAAGCUCUUUUUUCAGGCUUUAACGUAA